AUGGAACCAUUCAAAAGGCGACAGGAGGGGCCCCAGGCCUCAUCUCUAUCAUCAUCUAUGGGGGGGGGCCCACCCCUACAGCUGGCGCCCAGCAGCAACGGUUCUAUAUCUUCUUUCCCUGCAUAUGGGGCCCCCAAGCGUCAACGUAUAUCUCCAGGUGUAAUGGGUGUAGAGGGUGAUGAUGGGGCCCCUCAAGAGGGGGGCCCCCAGGGGGCCCCCAGGGUUCUCCCUGUAUGCCUUUUAGUAUCAGAUAAUAUUGCGGGGGCCCUUAUAGGUAAAGGGGGAGCAACAGUAAGAGACCUAGAGAGAAGCACAAACGCCCGCAUAUUCGUACAAAGGAACGCGAUGGGGCCCCCAGAGCUAGCAGCAGCGAAGCAAGCAUUGCUAGAUACCGUGGGGCCCCCACCCCAGAGCCAGGCCCUCGACGUAACGAAGAUAGUGGCUAUAGGGGGUACAAAGGAAGAGGAUGUUCAGGCUGGUUUAUAUAAAGUAUUAAAUAUAAUAUCUACACACCCCACACACAGCGGCAGAGCUGCUGCUGUGCUGCUGGUACCGCAUAGAAGCAUUGGGGGUAUUGUGGGGCAGAGGGGGAGAACCAUAGAGGAGCUGAGCCAGAAGACGCAGACACAGAUACGUGUUGUUCCUGGGUUUGCUGCUGUUAGUGGUGAUAGAGCUUUAUGUAUUACAGGGGGACAGGAUGAGCAUGUUGCUGCUGCAGUUCAGCUGCUGCUGCAGCAGCUGCAGCAGAUGCUAGCAGCAGGAAGACUCAUUAAACAAGACUUCGACUACCUCAUCACUAUCUCAUCUACAGCACAACCAAAGGCCACGCAGACACAGAUACGUGUUGUUCCUGGGUUUGCUGCUGUUAGUGGUGAUAGAGCUUUAUGUAUUACUGGGGGGCAGGAUGAGCAUGUUGCUGCUGCAGUGCAGCUGCUGCUGCAGCAGCUGCAGCAGAUGCUAGCAGCAGGAAGACUCAUUAAACAAGACUUCGACUAUCUCAUCACCAUCUCAUCUACAGCACAACCAAAGGCUCUCAGGGGCCCCAGGGGCCCCAUGGGGGCCCUACCGGGGGGCCCCCCUCAGGGGGCCCCUCUCCCUAUGGGUGGGGCCUCACCAACAGGACCUGGGGGUUUCUUCGGUGUGGGUAUGGGGGCCCCUGGUUGGGGGGCCCCCUCAGGUGCUGGGGGCCCCCCGGGGCCCCAGGGUGUCCCCGGGGCUGGGGGUAUGGGGGGUGGGGCCGGGUGUAUAGGGUACCGGUUCGUUGCUAGUGUAGAGAGCUGCGGGGGCCUCGGGUGUUCCUCUGUAUUGUGUUUUGUUAUACCGCAGCGGCUGGCUGCGUGGGUGGUGGGGCCCCAGGGGGCCCACGUAAGAGCCAUAAGAGAGGAGACAGGGGCCCAGAUACAGGUGCUUGAUGAGGUGUCUGGGUUUACAGGCGAAGACGCUCGGUGUGUAUUGAGGGGCCCCCAAGGUGGGGGCCCCUCUGGGGGCCCCUCUGAUGGGUCAGAGGGGGGGGAGAGGUUUUGUAUGAUAUCUGGGGGCCUCCAGGCUGUAUGUGGUGCUGUGUUAAGGUUAGGUUUACCUCUACAGGAGAAACUGCAGCAGCUGCAGCAGCAGCAGCAGCAGCAGCAACCACUCCGGCUCCUUAUACCCUUUCGUUUUGUUAGUCCCCUUAUAGGCAGCAAGGGUACAGUAAUCAGAGAAAUGCAGCAAAAGUCAGGGGCCCUCAUACAAAUCUCUAAAACCCUGGGGGCCCCCGGGGGCCCCACUGGGGGCCCCUCUGGGGGCCCCACUGGGGGGGCCCCCGAGGGGGGCCCCUCUGGCGGUGGUGGUGCUGGUGGGGGUCAAGGGGGGUCGUUUGGAUGGGGAGAGCAGCAGCAACAGCAGGGUAGCAGCAGCAGCAGCAGCAGCAGCAGCAGCAAGGCACUGACACCGAGAGAACAGCACCGCAUAAUAUCUGUUGAGGGGCCCACUGCUGCUCGCCUGGUUGCUUUGGCUCUUAUCUGGCAGCGUAUACUGGGGGUUGAGUACCCUGAUUUAUAUAGAGAGGGGGCCCCCUUCAUCUGUCCCUCUUCUCUAGCUGAGGACCUGCAGCAGCAGGGGCACGAUAUAUCUAAAAUUAUGCUGCCGCCACCAGCAGCAAGAAUGCAGCAGCAGCAGCAGCAGCAGCAGCAACCCUAUGGGGGCCCUGAUGCAGCAGGGGCCCCUUAUUAUGAUGGGGCAUCACCAACAGGAGGAGGGGCCCCAUGGGGGGCCCCCCAAGGAGACCCUAUGGGGGGUGGGCAGCAGCGUCCUUGGUUGCAUGAUGAUGCAGCAGCAGCAGCAGCAGCAGCAGCAGCAGUAGGAGGAGGGGGUUGGGGUGGGGCCCCCCAUGACAUGGGGGCCCCCUCUAUAGAACAGCUAGAAGGGUGGCUGCGUAGCUUCUGCUGCAGGGUGGGCCCAGUGCAGGAUAUGGGGGCCCUAGAGAGACUGAGAGAGACAGGAAGGAGAGACUGGAAGGAAGGAAGGAAUGAGGGAGAGAGAGAGAGAGAGAGCAAGGGGAGAGAGAAAGGAGAGAGAGAGAGAGAGAGACAGGGAGAGAGAGACAGGGAGAGAGAGAGACAGGGAGAAAGGAGAGAGAGGGAGAGGAAGGAGAGAGACAGGGAAAGAGAGAGAAAGGAGAGAGAGACAGGGAGAGACAGAGAGAGAGAGAAAGGAUAG